CCUUCAAACAGUUCAACAUGUUACGAAACACCUCAAACCAUUCAAAUUCAAAUUGUUAACUUAUCAGACCACCAUUAUGUCUGCUAUGAAAGGUACCUUCAUUAUUUUGGCCUGCUGGGUUGUUUUGCUGGUCAUUAUUUACUUUACUGGUAUCUGGCCUGGAUAUUAUUGUGAUCGAUUGAAUGAAGUUGAUAAAAAUAUUCGAAUAAUAAUUCAUUAGAUAACGAUUAUUUAAAUGAUAUAGAAAAUGAAGCAUGGUUUCAAAAAUACUCUGAAUAUUAUCCAGAGAGAAAUAUGAGCACAUUGAAGUUAUUACAUGUGCUCGUUAGACAUGGUGAUCGAACCAAUUUAGAAGAAUGUAAAUAUCCAAAUGAUCCAUAUUUAAAUGAAACCUACGAACCGGUAGGUAUUGGGAAAUUGACCAAUUUAGGCAAGCGGAGAAUGUAUGAAGUUGGAAGAGCAUUACGACAUCAAUAUAACGAAUACCUAGGUGAUUAUAAAUCAGAAUAUUUAAAUGCUGUUGCCUCAGAGUUGGGAAGAGCCAGAAAUUCGUUGGAAUUGAUUUUGGCUGGAUUGUUUCCACCUAGUGAGGAAUUUAUUUGGAUGAAAGGAUUUAACUGGCAGCCGAUUCCGUUUCACUCCAACAGUGGUAAAGAUAAUCUUUUGGGAAAUCCCCGUCGUAAUUGCGCUAACUGGACGCAAUAUUAUGCAGAAUCGCACGCGAAUUUCCAAGACGUGAUGACUAACUAUUCAAAUUACUUCGAUCGACUUGUGGAAUUCACCGGAUGGGACCGCAAUCUCCUAAGCGCCAACUUGAUGUAUAAUUCAAUCACAACGAAUUUGGCUUGGGGCUACGAACUCGAUGAAAGUUUAAAGGAAUUCUGGCCGGAACCGACGUUGACAUUGAAUAAUAUUUUCUGGAAAGCUUUCACAAAUACGGAAAACACUCAAAUUGCAGGAGCUGGUAAAUUUAUUGAUGAGCUUCUUGAGCAAAUAACUAAAAAACUAAUGGAUUCAAAUAUGACAAAGAUACAUAUUUAUGCUGGAAGUGAUUUUAACAUUAUGUUUUUAAUAAGGAUUCUUGGACAAGAAAUUUUUGAUAAUCCUCCGUUUGGAGCACAUCUUAUUAUUGAAUUUCAUAAAAACGGCGAGGAAUCAUUUUUACAAUUUUUCUAUCGGCCAAAUUUGGACGGACCGCUUCUAGAAUUAAAAAUUCCUGAUUGUCAAGCACCCGCAAGUGAUGGUCAAAUGCGCUGCUUGUUUGACGACUUUUUAUUGACUAGAAUUAAGUUUUUGCCAUAUCCAAACUACUGCUGAAUUUAAAUUUAUUCAUAAAAUGAGAAAAAAUGUAAAUAUUAACAUUUUAUCGUGUUAUUAAAUCGUAGUUUUACGACUUUAAUAUUCUCA